AUGUCCACCGCCACUGAGACCAAGCAGCGCACAGUUGCCGCUCGCUUCGAGACGAAAGACUUGAUUACUUUCGACAAAAAUACAGUCUACGGUGAUUGGCGCGAUGAGUUCCACAAGAAUGGCUGUGUCUUGAUCAAGAAUGUCAUCUCCCCGGAACGUGCCCAGUACUACUGCGACAAACAGAUCCAAUGGCUGAAGAACUUCGAACUUGGAUUUGACGAAAAGGAUCCCAGUACCUGGACAGCCGAGCACCUUCCUGUCAGCUUCAAGGGUGGCAUGUACUUUGCUUACGGCUCCACCCAUGAAAAGAUGGCCUGGGAGGCCCGCACUGAGCCCAAGGUCGUCGAGACCUUUGAGAGACUGUGGGGUACAAAAGAGCUCAUCUCGUCUUUCGAUGGGAUGAACAUCUCGUUGCCAAACCGGACGGAUCUCAACUGGAGCCCAUGGCCUCAUUGUGACCAGAAUCCAGAGCGCAAGGGCAUGCAAGCGGUCCAAGGCCUCCUCAAUUAUGCGCCUAAUGGCCCGAAGGACGGCGGUCUGAUGCUUAUGAAGGGAUCUUCCAACUUGUUCAACGAAUUCUUCGAGAGCAAGCGUCAGUCCGCAGACCACGAAGAUGCUCCGCCCCCAGAGAUGCAGUACAUGGACCUGUUCCUCUUCAGCGAGAAAGACAUCAAGUGGUUCGAAGAGCGAGGCUGUGAGCUCGUCAAGAUCAACAUGGAACCUGGCGACUUUGUGCUGUGGGAUUCUCGCACCAUGCACUAUGCCUGUCUGCCCGAGGGCAAUCAGAUUCGACACGUGCAGUACAUCUGCAUGACACCGAGGAAGUUUGCCGAUGAGGAGGCUUUGGCAGCCAAGGCGCAGUGCUUUGAGACUUACAUGGGCACCACUCACUGGCCGCAUUGCAACAUUCGUAUUGCCGAGGAUAAGCCUAUGCGUAAUGGAGAAGUUUGUCCCAAGUACCGAACGGAGCCAUUUGAAAAGCCAAUCGUUACUGACCAGGUUCUUCAACUUGCUGGUGUUAAACCUUACUGA